UUAGUGCGUGCAUUUAUUUAUAUAUCUUCAAACGUCCUCCUUCUUUGGGCCAUGACAGGUGCCUCCCAGCUCCACCUGUCCAUCCUUUUCCACAGCCACAUGGUGGCGGACAAAUCCAGAAAGGAAUCAGUCAUUCAAGAAAUGGCAUGCUGAAGUGCCACGGGGCCACGGAAGAUCUCUGGACACCGGAUCAGACGCAGCUGCCCCCCGGCUGCUAUUUUCACUCAGCUUAAAGUACCAUGGGCAGCCAGCAUCUACACCAUGGACUACCCACAACAACCAGUCUGUCUCUGCACGCCAUGAAGUCCACCACAGGCGAGCAAGGGCUAGUUCAUGCACAUCCUGCACACGAUACCCAGAGCUUGCCCUCCGAUCCUGAUGAGCUCGACAGUGGCAGUGACAGUUCGGAGAAAUCCACUGGAGCAGGGAGCCCCGCACGGGGCCAUAGGGAGGCGGGGAGACACCGAGGGGGCUGUAGACUCUCAGGGGUGAGUAAACAACGGCAGGCAGCUAACGCUCGGGAGCGAGACCGCACGCACAGCGUCAACACCGCCUUCACGGCUCUACGCACCCUCAUCCCCACGGAGCCGGCCGACAGGAAGUUGUCGAAAAUCGAGACUCUGCGAUUGGCAUCGAGCUACAUUUCACACCUGGCCAAUGUGCUUCUGCUAGGGGAGGACUGCAGGGACGGGCAACCGUGUCUGAAAUAUCAAAACAUCUUACAAAGCAACACCAACCUCAAAACCCCACCAGUAAGACCCAUCUGCACUUUCUGCCUGAGUAACCAAAGGAAAAUGCUUAGAGACGGGGAAAAGCACACAACUGCAUGACAGCAGAAGUUCUCUGACUGACUACUGCUGCGUACAAGCCCUCAACUUCUGAAUGUUUACAUGUAAAGAGACAUCGCCUUGCACAGAGACAAGACAUUCUGCUGUAUAUGUUUUUUUUUUUUAAAGCUCUGAGGACAUACAAAAUGAGUGACAAGAAGAGAGAUCUGCACUUUUUCUGCGUUUCCUAUAAACGUGUUGCCUCCGCAUGUGUGGCCACCUUA